AUGCAGCCGCUCAGUACGGUUACGGUGAUGAAUCUAGCAUGUAUGUCGCUUGACCUUGGUGCAGCAUGCAGCGGAACGGGAAGAAUGUUCCUCGGAGCGCUGGAGGUGGGCGGUGCACGACACGCUUGCUCUCUUAUUCACUUGUGCGCUAGCAACGGCAAUUCACUUGAGGUACCCUCAGCAUUGAAGCCGAUCGCCGAAGAUAUUCAACAAGUCGCUAAUGUGUCAUCGAACUUCCUGGGCCAGUCGGUCAAGCAGACAGCAAGUGGUUUGGGCAACAUGAUUACCGGUACCUCCGAUAUUGCAGCCAGAGCCGCUGGGCUCAUCCCAUUCUUCGGCGGAUAUUUCGAGAACAUGAUUGGUGGCACAGGAAGUUGGAUACUUCGGAAGUUUGAGCGAGCGCUCGGGAGUGGAAUUGGAAACAUGUUGGACGGAAGCGUGUCGUCACAGGUAACUAGGCGCUGGAAGCGCUCUGCCCUUCUGUCACCAGAACAGGAAGCGAAGCAAUACCUCGACAAGUUUGAUAUUCACCUUCAACCUGACGCUUCAGAGAUUGCGAAAGGAUUCCAAUCUCUAGCCGAAGAGAUCAAGCAAAAAACACUGAAAGCUGUAAGAGAGAAGGACGAAAAGGAAAGAAGGGACAGACCAUUUUGGGUUUUCGGUACAGGAUACUUCGGAAGUUUGAGCGAAGCGCUCGGGAGUGGAAUUGGAAACAUGUUGGAUGGAAGCGUGUCGUCACAGGUAACUAGGCGCUGGAAGCGCUCUGCCCUUCUGUCACCAGAACAGGAAGCGAAGCAAUACCUCGACAAGUUUGAUAUUCACCUUCAACCUGACGCUUCAGAGAUUGCGAAAGGAUUCCAAUCUCUAGCCGAAGAGAUCAAGCAAAAAACACUGAAAGCUGUAAGAGAGAAGGACGAAAAGGAAAGAAGGGACAGACCAUUGUGA